AUGGAGAAGGUACUACAGAAUAAAGACGACGGGAACGAGAUGGAGCCCGAAAAGGAAACUGCGAUAACACCCGAAACAUUAAAGGUGGUUGAAGAAAAUUGCCGCAAAAUAACAAACGAGACUUGUGUCAAACUGUGUAUAAUGAAGAAAUUAGGAGUUAUAGAUGAGCGCGGAUGGUACGUGGAGAGUAAAGGGACAGAAUUCAUAAAGAGUAUAUUUCCUACAGAUGUAAUCAUAGACAACCAAGAAUCGAUAUUUCAGCAAAUAGCUCAAACAUGCAACCGUGUAAACAAACAUGUCAGCAAUAACUGUCAUCGAGGUGAAGAAGUGGCAAAGUGCUUAAAUGAAGAAAUGGAGAAGGUACUACAGAAUAAAGACGACGGGAACGAGAUGGAGCCCGAAAAGGAAACUGCGAUAACACCCGAAACAUUAAAGGUGGUUGAAGAAAAUUGCCGCAAAAUAACAAACGAGACUUGUGUCAAACUGUGUAUAAUGAAGAAAUUAGGAGUUAUAGAUGAGCGCGGAUGGUACGUGGAGAGUAAAGGGACAGAAUUCAUAAAGAGUAUAUUUCCUACAGAUGUAAUCAUAGACAACCAAGAAUCGAUAUUUCAGCAAAUAGCUCAAACAUGCAACCGUGUAAACAAACAUGUCAGCAAUAACUGUCAUCGAGGUGAAGAAGUGGCAAAGUGCUUAAAUGAAGAAAUGGAGAAGGUACUACAGAAUAAAGACGACGGGAACGAGAUGGAGCCCGAAAAGGAAACUGCGAUAACACCCGAAACAUUAAAGGUGGUUGAAGAAAAUUGCCGCAAAAUAACAAACGAGACUUGUGUCAAACUGUGUAUAAUGAAGAAAUUAGGAGUUAUAGAUGAGCGCGGAUGGUACGUGGAGAGUAAAGGGACAGAAUUCAUAAAGAGUAUAUUUCCUACAGAUGUAAUCAUAGACAACCAAGAAUCGAUAUUUCAGCAAAUAGCUCAAACAUGCAACCGUGUAAACAAACAUGUCAGCAAUAACUGUCAUCGAGGUGAAGAAGUGGCAAAGUGCUUAAAUGAAGAAAUGGAGAAGGUACUACAGAAUAAAGACGACGGGAACGAGAUGGAGCCCGAAAAGGAAACUGCGAGCGUUAGAUAG